GCUACCAGGGAAUGAGGCGGUCAGGGCUUAUUUCAGGAAUGACAAAAAUGUUCUCGAAUACGUGGUGACCGUCGCACAACGCUGCUGCACUCCGGUUCAUCUGUUUCAUCUCACACUUUGGCGCAAGACCCAUCUUUCUAAAUGUUUCAUCUCUGAGCAUGCAACUCCUUUCCAGAGAAAGGUGGGAGGGUGGUUGGGAUAAGAGACUCCAGAUGGGGACAGAAUUGAAAGCAAAAUGUAUUUUAAUAACCCUCUAUUUCCUUUCAUCUAAGAUCUCCUAGCAGCAGGCAAUAAUUUAAGCCAAAAGAGAGCGCUGCCAUCCUGUGCCCCCAUCUCCAGUCUCCUCUUUCCCAGGCAGGACCACCCAAGAGCAAAUAGCGAAGUUGGGGGGUGGGGGACGCCAAAGCCCUUCACGAACACGUUUUGCAAGGCCUGUGGCUACAGCUAAUUAUAGGGAUUGAGAAAGUGAACCCAAGAAAACUGAACUCCCAGCCCCAGCUCCAAUCUUGGGAAACCCAUCCAGCUUUCCCACCCCGGGAAAGGAGGAGGCGGGGCGCACCACUGCUCCGCCCCCCCGCAGCUGAGCGGUGACAGCAGGCGGCACCCCAGCCCGCGCCGCGCUCUCAUAAGGCGCAGCUCCACGGGCGCAGCGUGGUUCCCCAGCUGAGCUUGCAAGGCCGGAGGCGACAUGAGUCGGGUGCCAGCGUUCCUGAGCGCAGCGGAGGUGCAGCAACAUCUCCGCAGCUCCAGCCUGCUCAUCGCGCCCCUGGAGGUGGCUCUGGCCAACUUCUCCAGCCGCCCGGACGGAGGGGUCAUGCAGCCGGUGCGCACCGUGGUGCCAGUGGCCAAGCACAGGGGUUUCCUGGGGGUCAUGCCUGCCUACAGUGCCGCAGAGGACGCCCUGACCACCAAGCUGGUCACCUUCUACGAGGGCCACACUGCCUCAUCCAACGUCCCCUCCCACCAGGCCACUGUGCUGCUCUUUGAACCCACCAAUGGCUCCCUUCUGGCGGUCAUGGAUGGAAAUGUCAUAACUGCAAAAAGAACAGCUGCAGUGUCUGCCAUUGCCACCAAGUUCUUGAAACCCCCUGGAAGUGAAGUGCUGUGCAUCCUUGGGGCUGGGGUCCAGGCUUACAGCCACUAUGAGAUCUUUACAGAGCAGUUCUCUUUUAAGGAGGUGAGGAUAUGGAACCGCACCAAGGAAAAUGCAAAGAAAUUUGCAGACACUGUGGACGGCGAAGUGCAGGUCUGCUCAUCAGUCCAGGAGGCUGUGGCUGGGGCAGAUGUGAUCAUCACGGUCACCAUGGCAACAGAGCCCAUUUUGUUUGGUGAAUGGGUGAAACCAGGGGCUCACAUUAAUGCCGUUGGAGCCAGCAGACCUGACUGGCGAGAGCUGGAUGACGAGCUCAUGAAACAGGCUGUGCUGUACGUGGAUUCCCAGGAGGCCGCCCUCAAAGAGUCUGGAGAUGUCCUGUUGUCAGGGGCUGAGAUCUUCGCUGAGCUGGGAGAAGUGGUAAAGGGCGUGAAGCCAGCCCACUGUGAGAAGACCACGGUGUUCAAAUCUCUGGGAAUGGCGGUGGAAGAUACAGUUGCAGCCAAGCUGGUGUUUGAUUCCUGGUCAUCUGGUAAAUAAGACAAAAAACCUUGUGUUGAGGAGGAUCCUACCACUCAAGUCUUGAUACCACGGUUGUCCCCUAAUUUCUAGAUCAAAUGAGGUAUCCUAGUCCCCAGUGAGCUAUAGUUGUGUGCUUAUGUCUUACCUUAAACAGUGAGAUCACCAUUUGUGUUUGUAGCUGGGGAGCACCCCCAUGAGCUCCUUCUGUUAUGCCAGAUGAUAGCAUUCCUCCCUUCCCCUGGUAUUUCACUAACUUUUGUAAUUUCAAGAAAUAAAACAUUUUCCAGCU